AAAAAGGAACGCGAAUGAAUGAGCGGGAGAUUCCGGAGAAUGACAGAGAAAAAAGGCAAACAGAGUGGGGAGAGAGAGUGGGGAAGUUGGAAGAGGGGAGGUCACGCGUCACGAUCGCUCAUAUUCAGUCAGUGAGUCAGUCUGUGUUGGACUGUGCGGUUGUUGUGUGAUUGAUCUGACAAAAGUGCGUAUGUUUUCGAUAUCGUUGUUAAUAAUUAAUCACCGCUGUCUUCUGAUAAGAGAAAUCAAGGUGAACAACCCAAUUGCAAGAGCCGCAAAUGAUUGUCCGCUAACGCAUGUACCAUAUUGCAAAUCGGUAUCAGACUAACGGAAAGAAUUAUAAUACAUCUUGAAAAUGAUUACCCGUCGUGAGACAUAUUUCGUGAUUUUGAUUAUCACUAUAAGCAGUUUCUCUGCCUUUCUUUGUCCAAGAAAUAGAGGAUGCGAGUGCGUGAAUUUUGGGGAUGCUUUCGAGAUAAGUUGUUUUGUGGAAAACGACUCGUCUUUCAUUGUAAAUAUUCAACCGAAUCAAUAUGUAAAGAUUGAAUGUAUCAACUCGCCAAAUUGGACACAUUUCCAUUUGCAUGUGGCAUCCUUAAUGAAAAAUGAAAUCAAUUCAAUGAUUUUUUUCAUGUGCGAUUUACCGAGCAACAGGAGUUUGGGUGGAAUCACACAAAUGUUAGCCACGGGUGUUGAAAAAUUGAGCUUCCAAUCGUACAAGAACUUGAGCUUUGCUCUGAAAAAGCAACAUCUGGUUGGCUUGGAAAGUCUAAAGACUUUGAUUUUAUCGAGCAACAAUAUAUCCUAUAUAGAUGAGGAUCUGUUAACCAAUUUGACCAAUUUGACGGGACUCAAUUUACGUGACAACAAUUUACGCUUAAUCAAUGGAAUUUUCAACCAUACUCCGCAACUGCAGUGGCUCGAAUUAGCCGAUAACAAUUUGCAAUCGAUAGAAUUAGGUACAUUUGGAAAUCUGAAAAAUUUAACAUUGCUCAAUUUAUGGAAAAAUCAUUUAACGGAGCUACAAUUGGGAAUUUUCGAUGAACUCGUCGCUCUCCAAAGUCUCGAUGUUAAUAGAAAUAAUAUCAUCAAUUUACCAAAAAAUAUAUUUGCGAAGCUGAAGAACCUCAAGAUUCUCAAUUUAUCUCUAAACAACUUCACAGAUUUACCGAGGAAUCUGCUACGAAAUAACACGAAACUAGAAACCUUCACUUUGACUGAAAACAAAAGAAAUAUGACCUUGCCAGAAGAAUUUUUCGCCAAUUUAACAGAACUGAAAGUGUUGAAUUUGAAAAAAAAUGGACUUAUUACACUGUCGAAAGAUAUUUUCUGGGGAUGUUCUUCGCUAACCAAUAUUACUUUAAGUCUAAAUUAUUUGAGAUUCUUACCCGUGCAAAUAUUCCGAGACUUGAAAGAAUUGAAAGAAUUGAUAUUGACUUUCAAUGAUCUCGAAGAAUUGCCUGAUAAUAUUUUUUUGAAUACCAAUCGAUUAAGAAAAUUAAAUUUAUCAAAAAAUCGUAUCACUUUCAUUUCUCAGCAUACAUUCGACGGAUUAUAUGCAUUGGAAGAAUUAAAUAUAGAAGAAAAUCAAUUAAUGUCUAUUUCCGGCCAAAGUUUUACAUCUUUAAAACAAUUAAAAAUUGCUAAAUUUUCCAAGAACCGUCUUACGUUACAAUCUACUUUUCUUGAGUAUCAGGAUGAAUAUGGAACUAAGUCACCUUUUCAUCAAUGCAUUGAAUUAAAGGAAUUAUAUUUAGCCAAUAAUAGCAUUUCGGAAAUAUUCAGUGACUGGAAGUUGAGUAAUUUGCAACUUCGAAAAUUGGAUCUCAGAUAUAAUAAUAUAUCCUCCAUAACUAGCGAAGAUUUGCAAUUUUUAUCGACCGAUAUUAAAGUGGAUUUAACUUAUAAUAAAAUACAGCACAUCUUCUUGCAUAAUGCCGAAUAUAUCGCGCAACCUCAGCAGGAUUUUCAUGAUAAUAUUAAUGGGGCGAUAAUAUUAGUGGGGAACAAUCCAUUAAGUUGUGAUUGCGAGUUGUAUGACUUUUUACGAUAUAUUGAAGGCAGAAUGCAUUCCAACGUUCAACAUUAUUUCCACAUAAUACCAGAAAAUUUAACUUGUCAAAGCCCAGAGGAUUUGAAGGGUGUGCCCGUUAAAAAUUUGAAAUCAAAAUCAUUAAUGUGUACGGUGAAUAAUACAAAUCCCUAUACUAAUUGCCCCGAAAUAUGCGAUUGUUUCGUGAAACCAGAAGGCAACGUAUUUAUAUUCGACUGCUCUCACAAAAAUUUGAUUAGUGUUCCGAGCGAUAUAAAAAGUCCUGACGGCGAUGUUUGGCAACUCGAAUUGAAUUUCGCCAAUAAUCGGUUUACACGAAUGCCGGAUUUGAAAAAUUUAAAACGCGAAUCGGUGAAGAAACUAUUAUUAUCUCACAACAACAUCUCUGAUAUCUUUUUAGACGAUCUGCCCAAAAAAGUACAAGUCUUAGAACUACAUAAUAAUAACUUAUCAACAUUAAAUCCUGAUGUGUUAGAGUUUUUGAGAAACUCUACGAAUUUACGUAACUUAACGUUAGACGAAAAUCCAUGGAUAUGCGAUUGCAACACUAAGAACUUUCUAAAUUUCAUUCAAACAAAACUCAUAACUAUGCCCAAUCUAUUUAAAGUAACAUGUCCCGGGAAGAACAAGGCUAUAUCGGAGAUGACUACAGCUGAAUUUUGUCCGUUUGAUAACACAGCGAUUAUCAGUGUCAGCAUAGCGAUCGCUUUAAUGGGAUUGUUUAUUGGCAUUACGGGACUAUUCUAUUACAAAUAUCAACAACAGAUCAAAGUGUGGCUAUUCGCGCAUCAAUGGUGCUUGUGGUUUGUAACGGAAGAGGAAUUAGAUAAGGAAAAAUUAUAUGAUGCCUUUGUAAGCUAUUCGCACAAGGAUCAAGAUUUUGUGGUGAAUGAACUAGUGUCAAAAUUGGAAAACGGCCCGACGCCGUUUAAACUGUGUAUUCAUUAUCGGGAUUGGUUGGCGGGCGAAUGGAUACCGGCAAAUAUUGCUAGAUCUGUGGAAGAUUCUAAACGAACGAUAGUAGUAUUGUCGCCGAAUUUCCUCGAGAGUGUCUGGGGAAGAAUGGAGUUUCGAGCCGCUCACAGUCAGGCAUUGAGUGAAGGUCGAGCGCGAGUAAUAUUGAUCUUGUACGGUGAUAUCGGUCCUAUAGAUAACUUAGACUCAGAAUUGAAGGCAUAUAUAAGUAUGAAUACUUAUGUCAAAUGGGGAGAUCCUUGGUUUUGGGACAAAUUGAAAUACGCAUUACCGCAUCGAGCCAAAUUAUCUAAGAAAACUAGCACGAUCGGAAGAAAAAUCUUUGAGAAUCAUCAAUUGUGUAUUUCAAAUGGAGAUAAAAAAGAGCUAAUGUAUCCGAUUGGAAUUCCCGAGACACCUCCAAACACUACACCACCUGCCGAUACGUUUAAAACAUUUGUAUGUGACAAGAAGCUGGAGGAACAGUUACCUUCAAACGAAUUUCCGCAAGAAUCGUGUAAAUUAAAUGGAACGAUCAUUCUUACAGCAGAACAUUUAAUCAAACAUGGUCCUACGAUUGAUAAUACAGAGUGUGUUGUUUGACAACACAAAGAUAAAUUAUAAGAAAUAAUGAUGAGCGAUUUAUAUUUCUAUCUGUGAUAGAUGCAGUGUUGAUGCUCCCAGAUUGUUUUAAGAAUUUCUUUUUUUUUCGUAAAGAAAACAAUCUUAAUUUAGAAUCUUCAGAUAAAAUGAUUAAGAAUACAAAGAAUCGAUACGUAUUUGUUACAAGAACAAGAGAAAAGGAGAAAAAAUAUGAAAAAUAUAACAAGCAACUGACUGAUGUUAAAAUAAACCUAUAUGUAUAAAUAUCAACAUAAUAUGUAAAACCUAUUUUUUAUCAAUUUCUGAGAAAUUAAUCUUCAAGAACAACAAAAAGCUAAUA